UGAGCAUACAAACAAUAUUUAUUGUGCUCUUGGGAAUGUCUUACAGGGAUGUUAGGAAUUUUACUGAAAUGUUGCGGACGUUGGGUUAUCCGGCUCUGGUAUCGAUGGAGAGCUUCAGGAAGCCGAACUUCCCGCUUGUAGCGAACCUCUUGGUGUGGUUAGCGAAGAGGUUUGAACCUGAUGCCGAUAUUUCAGGUGAAAUAGAUACAGAAACGGAGAGGAUUGCUUUAAUAAGGAGCGCUGCCCAAUUCAUGGCUUUGAAAGCGAACAUUAAGUUGAACACGAAAAGGCUUUACCAAGCUGAUGGGUAUGCUGUUAAGGAAAUUUUGAAGAUUUCGUCUGUGCUUUACGAGGCUUUGAUGCAUCACUCUGUCGGUGGGAAAGAUGAAGAGGUGGAACAAGAAUUGAGCGUUCGGGAUUUUGAUAUUUCCGAUAAAAUACACGAUUUGAAGCAGUCGCGGCAAUUGGCCACGGAAAUAACAACUUCUGGAGCGAGCUUGUUCGAUUUGCUGGGAAAGGAGAUUGAUCUGAGGGGUUUAAGGCAAGCCAGCGUUGGGAGGAAUUACGAGGUGGCCGACGUGGAAGCAUCGAUUAGGAAGGCGAUUGAAUCAUUGAAAGCUAAUGUAGCUGAAACCAUGCAGAUGAUCGACAAUGUUUCGGCUACGGAGGGAAGCUUAGACGCUAAGAUCGAAAGGAGGAAAGUGGAAAUCGAUCGAUACGAAAAGAGGUUACAGACCUUGAAGAAAGUUCGUCCUGCGUUUUUGGAGGAGUUCACCGGUUUGGAGGAGGAAUUGAAUAAGCUUUUCGCACAGUACUCGGUGAGAUUGAGAUGUUUGACGCAGCUGGAGAGGUUGGCUGCUGAAGCUGAACGUGUGCAGAUCGAGAGGCAACAGUUGGCUUCGUCUCAACAGAAGAUUGAGCCGAUAGCGUUUCAGAUCGAGGAGUCCAACGAUCAGAUGAUGAGCAUAGAGGAGCCUAUGAUCAAUGCGGAGCAAAGGUUGGCGCCGAGCAGACAAGAGCGGCCGAGGGCGCGCACUGGAGGACGGACACGCAUGGACAAUAGCAGUAAGGGAAAGGUUUUCGGUAGCAUGUCCGUCGAUGAAGAGUCUUCGGACUCCGACGACAUCUUCUUGGAUAACGAUGAGCCGGAGCUUCUGCAAUCCGACGAAGAGGACAGUCUCAGUUUGGCGCUCGAUCUGAAGCGAGCCCCGUCUGCUAGAAUAAGCAGCAGCAUCGUGCAAGACAACAGCGACGACGACUUUUAAUUAAUCAUUGCUAAUUAGUUGUUUUUUUCUCUAUGUUUAUUACUAUUAUUUGAUA